AUGGCGACCACCGCGGCCCUCCCCUUCUCCUGCGCCACCACCGUCCAGACCCUGACCCGGACCCUCUCCCCGCGCCGCUCCCUCCUCAUCCACCGCCACCGCCUCCGCUCCCUCGCCGCCUCCCCGCGGCUCCCGGACCGCGCCCGCCCCCGCCUCCGCCGCCCCGUCUCGGCCUCCGCCGCGCCCAACGGGUCCUCCUCCGGGGGGGAGCACGACUACGACCUCUUCACCAUCGGCGCCGGGAGCGGCGGCGUGCGGGCCUCGCGCUUCGCCUCCACCCUCUACGGCGCCCGCGCCGCCAUCUGCGAGAUGCCCUUCUCCACCAUCUCCGCGGACGACCUCGGCGGCCUCGGGGGCACAUGUGUGCUUCGUGGGUGCGUUCCCAAGAAACUGUUAGUGUAUGCAUCCAAGUUCUCUCAUGAGUUUGAAGAGUCUCAUGGCUUUGGAUGGACAUAUGAUACUGAUCCAAAGCAUGACUGGAGCACUCUGAUAGCCAACAAAAAUACAGAGCUGCAACGCCUAGUUGGCAUUUACAAAAAUAUUUUAAAGAACGCAAACGUCGAUCUAAUUGAAGGCCGUGGAAAGGUGGUUGAUCCACAUACUGUUAGUGUGGAUGGCAAGCUCUACACCGCUAAGAACAUACUUAUAGCUGUUGGUGGUCGACCAUCGAUGCCCGAUAUCCCAGGAAUAGAGCAUGUUAUAGAUUCCGAUGCUGCACUAGAUCUGCCUUCAAAACCUGAGAAAAUUGCAAUAGUGGGAGGUGGAUAUAUUGCCUUGGAGUUUGCUGGCAUUUUUAAUGGCUUAAAAAGUGAUGUUCAUGUGUUUAUUCGGCAGCCGAAAGUUUUAAGAGGGUUUGAUGAGGAGGUCAGAGAUUUCGUUGCUGAACAGAUGUCUUUAAGGGGUAUCACAUUUCAUACUGAACAUAGUCCUCAAGCUAUAACCAAAUCAAAUGAUGGUUUACUAUCUUUGAAGACAAACAAAGAAACUAUUGGUGGGUUUUCACAUGUAAUGUUCGCAACAGGUCGUAAACCGAAUACGAAGAACCUCGGACUGGAGGAGGUUGGGGUUAAAAUGGACAAGAAGGGGGCUAUAGUGGUCGAUGGGUAUUCUCGAACCUCGGUGGAUUCAAUUUGGGCUGUUGGAGAUGUUACUGAUAGGAUCAACUUGACUCCGGUUGCACUGAUGGAAGGUGGAGCAUUUGCGAAAACUUUAUUCGGUGAUGAACCUACCAAACCAGAGUACAGAGCUGUACCAGCUGCUGUUUUCUCCCAACCACCCAUUGGGCAAGUUGGCCUUACCGAGGAGCAGGCUAUUGAAGAGUAUGGAGAUGUUGAUGUCUACUUGUCAAACUUCAGACCUCUUAGAGCCACUCUUUCUGGAUUACCUGAUCGUGUACUAAUGAAGCUCAUUGUGUGUGCUACUACGAACAAAGUUGUAGGAGUGCAUAUGUGCGGUGAUGAUGCACCUGAGAUAAUCCAGGGAAUUGCAAUUGGUGUUAAAGCUGGGUUAACGAAGCAAGAUUUUGAUGUCACUGUUGGCGUUCACCCAACAUCUGCAGAGGAAUUUGUCACUAUGAGGAGUCCAACUAGAAAAGUUCGAAGAAAAACUGCAGCUGAGGCAGAGUCUAAGGAUGAGGUCGUCACUCAGAAGUAG